AAUCAGGACACAACAACAGCCGUGACGCUAUUAGUCACUACGUCUGCGCGUAGAGCAGACAGCUGAUAACUCAUCUAUUAUGCUACUUCGCUAAAUUAAACCAUCUUGUAAAGUGACCGGAGGCCGCCGUUGGACUCACCGGAGGACCGAAACCCAAAGUUGUACAAUGGGAGUUAGUCUCCUGGAGGGACACACUGAGCUGAAGAAGCAACACAUCUGACAGCUGGAGUGAACGCACACUUUUCCACACAUACACACACACACACACACACACACACCCUCCGACCACAGAGGGACUUUUUUUUUUUUACCUUGCGGUCAGACGCUGCAUUCCCACUCUGCAUUAGUGUGUUGUCGUUGCCCACCAUGUCGGAUGCCCCUGAGGCUGCGCCCCCCAGUCCCCCUACCCUCACCAACCCGGCCCCUCCGGAGGUCACCAACCCCACCAAACCUGGCAGGAAGACCAAUCAGCUGCAGUACAUGCAGAAUGUGGUGGUGAAGACUCUGUGGAAGCAUCAGUUUGCAUGGCCCUUCUACCAGCCCGUGGACGCCAUCAAGCUGUGCUUGGCGGACUACCACAAAGUCAUCAAGAACCCCAUGGACAUGGGAACCAUCAAGAAGCGGCUGGAGAACAAUUACUACUGGAGCGCCAGUGAGGCCAUGCAGGACUUCAACACCAUGUUCACCAACUGCUACAUCUACAACAAGCCCACGGACGACAUCGUCCUGAUGGCUCAGGCCCUGGAGAAGAUCUUCCUGCAGAAGGUGGCUCAGAUGCCUCAGGAGGAAGUGGCUCUGCUCCCACCUGCCCCUAAAGGCAAGAACAAGAACAAACAGCCUCCUGCUGCCACCACAGUGAGUCAGCAGGCGGAGUCUUCAGCGUCGCCUCCCGCAUCCUACCCAUCCCCCUCCCAGACGGCUGUCAUUUCGCCCACGCCCACAAAUGUCCAGUCUCCGCCUCCUGUCCCAGCUCCACAGCCGCCCGCAGCCAUGAUGCCCUCUGCACAGCCCGUCGUCAAGAAGAAGGGGGUGAAAAGGAAAGCCGACACCACCACGCCCACCACGUCGGCCAUCUCCGCGGGUCGCGCGGACUCGCCCACCGCACAGGACAACAAACCGGCCAAGUUGGCCUCGUCCCGCCGCGAGGCCGCCGCUCGUCCCGCCAAAGCCCGUCGCGAGACCAUCGAGGAUGUAGCAGCCGGCGACAUCGGAAGUGCCGGUGCGGCGGCGGCGGGAAGGAAGAGCAGCAAGCUGGGCGAGCAGAUGAAGCACUGCGACGCCAUCCUGAAGGAGAUGCUGUCCAAAAAGCACGCCGCCUACGCCUGGCCCUUCUACAAGCCAGUGGACGCAAAGGCUCUGGAGCUGCACGACUACCACGACAUCAUCAAACACCCCAUGGACCUGAGCAGCGUCAGGAAAAAGAUGGAUCAAAGCGAGUACAGCGACCCUCAGAGUUUUGCCACCGACGUCAGGUUAAUGUUCUCCAACUGCUACAAGUACAACCCCCCCGAUCACGAGGUGGUGGACAUGGCGCGCAAGCUGCAGGACGUCUUCGAGAUGCGUUUCGCUAAGAUCCCGGAUGAAGGCCUGGAGGCGUCGGUCCCGUCCACAACGCCAUUGGUUAGUAAAAGCACCGCCUCGUCCGACAGCAGCAACAACUCCUCCUCAGAUGAGUCGUCAGACUCGGAGGAGGAGCGCGCCACGCGAUUGGCUGAGCUACAGGAGCAGGUUGGUGCUGCCGGCCAAUCACAGCUGAAGGCUGUGCACGAGCAGCUGGCCGUCCUGUCGCAGGCGCCCGUCAGUAAGCCAAAGAAGAAGAAGGAGAAGAAGAAGGACAAGGACAAGAAGAAGGACAAGGACAAAGGCAACAAGGCCAAGCUGGAGGAAGACAAGAAGCCCAAGGCUGCCGCACAGCAACCCAAAGCAGCCAAUCAGAAGAAGGCGCCGGCGCGCAAAGCCAACAGCACGGUGACGGCCACCAGGCAAACCAAGAAAGGCGGCAAGGCGGCGGGAGGCGCGUCCGCCAACGGAGACGACGGCGAGGAGUCGUCCCUGCCCAUGUCCUACGACGAGAAGCGGCAGCUGAGUCUGGACAUCAACCGGCUCCCCGGGGAGAAGCUGGGCCGCGUGGUCCACAUCAUCCAGUCCAGAGAACCUUCGCUGAGGGAUUCCAACCCCGACGAGAUCGAGAUCGACUUCGAAACCCUUAAACCGUCCACGCUGCGGGAGCUGGAGCGCUACGUCAAGUCCUGCCUGCAGAAGAAGCAGAGGAAGCUGAUGCAAAAGCAAGCUGGAGGCGGGGCUUCGGGAGGCGGGGCUAGUCGUUUGAGUGGCAGCUCCUCUUCCUCUUCUGAUGACAGCUCCUCAACGGGAACCUCUUCUUCCUCAGACACAGACUGAACACACACACACACACACACUUUCAUGUAAACUUACACACAUCAUGAACACACACAUUCUGAACUUGGUAAGAAACACAUAUUUAGAUCUAUAUAUAUAUCCACACACACACACACACACACACACACACACACACACACAGACUGUAUGUACAUAGGCUGAGCUGUUUUUUAGCACCUAGUGUUGUUUUUGGCUUGCUUUUCCCGGAGGAGGACGGGGUCGACGCUUCUUUCUUUGUCGUCGUCUUGGAUCGCGCCCCCCCCAACCUCCCCCCCCACAAACCCCACGACCUCUGACAACAUUCCGGAAGCAUCUGAAGAGAAAGCGAGGCGAUCUCAGAUGGUUUGUCGCCAGCUCACCAACGUUAUCGGUAGCAAAUACGCCAUUUUAAGACGAAGAAGAAAAAAAUCAAUCAAACGCAGGACGGGGCCGAGGUGCGUUCAAGGAUGCUCGGGAUAUCCAAGCGUCAGCAGUCUGGCUAAUGAGACUAGAAUAAAUCCAGAAAGCCCCGCCCCUUUCAACAAAACACUACAAUUCCUUCCCGGACACUUUGGUCACGUGCUGGACUUCCUUAAUCACUUCCUGUUUGGUGCCCCGCCUACUCAGCCCUCGUUUGCGUCGUCACGGCAGCCGAGUGUGGAAAAAAAUUAUUUUUAAUGUUUUUAAUUUGUACUUUUUCAUAUGUGUAUUAUUUCUUACGGUGAUGACAUCAUAGCGGGAGACUUUCUCUUUUAUUUUGAAGACCUCUGUUACAUUUCACCAAUCUUCAUUAAGCCUCGCGAUGAUGUCGGCUGCCUUUUUAAACCGGACUCCACCCCCUGAUGCCGAUUGGCUGCUGGCGGGCAGCAAGCCACGCCUCCACCUGCGAAGGCGGGCUCUGGACGGACGUUUGUCAUUUACGAAUUCCUCCUCAGAAGAAAAAAAAACCAAGCAAUGUGUGAGCGACAGACGGUAACCUUCCUGUUUGUUUUUAGUUGACGCUAAUAGUUAAUUUUUGUAUUUUAAUAAGAAAAAGGAAAAAAGUGAUUUUAUGUAUUUGCAUGCACUCCGGCCGUACGUCGUAUGUUUGAGCACUGUAUAGUAGCUGUAUAGUAGCUGUGCCAGCUUAGCACCAACGCGGGAGGACAAAAACCACAAUUUGGUGUAAUUACUCAUAUGGGAUCCUUAUUUUCUGACUUCCUUUUGUUUUCAUAAAUAAACACAUGACGUGACACGUGA